ACAGGGGCAUUGGAGUCAUUAAUCUUGUCCUAUACAUCGAAAAGUCGCGUUUAACUCGACUGCUCGUCAUUUUGGAGAACAUCUCGUGGGCGGUCGUGGCACAAUAGUGAAAAUCAGUGAAAAUACAAAACUCUUCUGUUCCCGUAUUUUUUAAAACUUCAAAAAUAGAAAUAGAAACGGAAGUGUUCGUGCGGUAAUUGAAGGGAAGCACUGGGAACUGUGAAAUGCCGAUGAAGUAAAAUAGUUCAACGAUGCGUCAGGGGAUGCGAGAGGAUCGAUCGACGAUCGAUACAUUUCCCUUCGGGAUUAAUAACUUCGUUCACACGUCCGUCAACGAUAUAUCGCGCUUCACCGAUAACUACACCAACAACAACCCGGAAUUGAUAAUCAGUGAGGGCUUCAAUCAGACAACACCUAAACGAGAUGCUCUGUACGUUGUUGUACCCAUAACUAUUAUUUAUGUCGCUAUAUUCUUCACUGGACUUGUGGGGAAUGUCUCCACGUGUGUGGUUAUCGCGCGGAAUCGAUCAAUGCAUACAGCUACCAAUUACUAUUUGUUCAGUCUGGCUAUCUCCGAUUUACUGCUACUUGUGUCUGGUUUACCACCUGAGAUGUACUACAUUUGGUCGCAUUUUCCGUAUGUUUUUGGCGAGGGUUUCUGCAUCAUUCAGAGCUUCGCUGCUGAGACCUCGGCUAAUGCCACUGUUCUUACUAUCACGGCUUUCACGGUUGAAAGAUACUUCGCAAUUUGUCACCCCUUUUUAUCUCACACAAUGUCGAAGCUCUCGCGUGCAGUAAAGUACGUUAUCCUCAUAUGGCUACUAGCACUGUGUCUGGCAAUACCGCAGGCCAUUCAGUUUGGCAUCACCUUUUCGCGAACGCUGAAUGGCACUGCCAUACCCGACACAGCAGCCUGUUCGGUCAAGUGGCAGAUUAUCGACCACGCUUUUGAAAUAUCAACGAUAUUGUUCUUCGUACUGCCGAUGACCAUCAUUACGGUACUUUAUGUACUCAUCGGUAUCAAAUUGAGACGAUCGAGGAUACUGGUGGCUGUUAAGCGCAAUCCAGUGCCGGGGAGUUUGAAUUGCAGUGAGAGCGGGAGGUCGAGAGUUACUUCGCAGAGGAAUGUUAUAAGAAUGCUGGUUGCAGUGGUAGUGGCAUUUUUCAUCUGCUGGGCGCCCUUUCACGCUCAAAGACUGCUGGCCGUAUACGCAAAGAGCGUAGGCGAUGCUGGUGGACAGUCCCUGGUGACGGUGUACACCAUCCUGACGUACAUCUCCGGAAUAUUUUACUACCUAUCAACAACAGUCAAUCCCCUUUUAUACAACAUAAUGUCGAACAAGUUUCGUGCGGCAUUCAAGACGAUGUUAGCUGAGCGAUGCGGUGCCAGGAGAUCGAUUGAACGUGCAAGCCCUCGGAGACAGACGUACACCAGCCUCUCGCGUUAUCAGAAAUCAAUGUCGAGGAGACCUGAGCAACACUCGAGCUCGUACUCAGCCAGUGAUGAUACACAGCGCUUGACGCCGAUGACCCGGAAGGAGGAAAUCGAGCGUCAGUCUCAUCAGAAUCCUGUCAUCACGACCGGGAGGAUCGAAACUACCCCGGGGGUCACACCCGGGGCCACGGGCGAUGCGAAUUGUGCGGGGGGAAAUGACUCGGAGCCCAGUCAAGUCAAUAUUCUCACGUCACAGGGGAAAAGUCUUGAUGAGGGGUGUCGACAUAAAGAUGGAGCUUCUCAUAAUGCUAUUAAUAAAUGUCUUAUAGUCCAGAGACCCCUCAAGGCUGUCACCAUAGGAUUGCUUGCCGAACGCCUGAGAUCCAGUACUAAAGAACUCUUCGCCCACCAGCAGAGACACUCUAAACCUAGAGCAAGGCCCGAUCCCCUCCAAAAAACCCAAAGUAGAAUCAAAAGUCAUCCGAGCAUCGAAAGUGCCAACACCAUAAGCAACUCAAGCCUCCAAGACCUGGACGAAACUGAAUUCACGGGGUCCGAACUGGCCGAGUACAUGGGGGAGAUAAACAUCGAGCUCGUCACCUGACGCGACCAUUACCCGGAGGAUACCGAAAGCGAAGAUGAACUUUGAGAAUUAAUACCGGUGAAAUGAUGAGUGAAGUGAUUCAUUCCGAGUGUCGUACAAAGUUUUGUAUUUAAUUUUCAUGAAUGUGAUUAGUGAAGACUGCCGAGGGGGAAUAUCAGACGAUUACAAUAGGAUUCAUUCAUCCGGAAUUAAUUUCAAUAUCUACAAGCUACCUGUGAUUAAUUUUAAAGCUGACGCAGAGAUAUCGAAGAAUAGAUGACAUUCUGUUGUACAUAAUUAAGAGUUUCCCAUCGAAGUUUGACCUUUGUGUACUGUCAAUUCAUCAGGAAUGACUUUGAAUAUCAGUAGUUUUGGUUUUUAAGCAAGAAGAUGAUGGUAAUGAUGACUAUACUCACUAACUAAGCAGAUUCUGCAUCGUAAGAUCAAUCAAACAACGAGAUCUCAUGCAAAUCAUUAAUUAUUAUCGAAUCAACACAAACAGUUCGAGAACAUUAUAGAAUAAACGAUAUUUCAGUGUCAGAAACCACAAUCAUUUUCCUUAAAUCAUCUGAGUGACUGUUUUUGUGAUUAAUUUUACAGCUGAUGCAGAGAUAUCGAAGAAUAGAUGACAUUCUGUUGUACAUAAUUAAAAGUUUCCCAUCGAAGUUUGACCUUUGUGUACUGUCAAUUCAUCAGGAAUGACUUUGAAUAUCAGUAGUUUUGGUUUUUAAGCAAGAAGAUGAUGGUAAUGAUGAAUGUACUCACUAACUAAGCAGAUUCUGCAUCGUAAGAUCAAUCAAACAACGAAAUCUUAUGCAAAUCAUUAAUUAUUAUCGAAUCAACACAAACAGUUCAAGAACA